CACAAAAGGAGGAAAGCUUCUUAUCUAUGUGUGGGGGACAAUCACUGACGACCUGUUGUCUACUUGUCUACUCCUCUCCCUGGCCAUAGCACUGUCAUAUUCACUACAGUGCAAGUUUGGGCAGAUAUACGCUUACUACCCACUAUGUCAGAGCUUAAGGAAACAAUGCUGAGGUAGCCUUUGUCUUCACAGAAUUUGGGCGUGGUGAAUUCAAAGCUUCUCCGGAGUUGUCGGUCUCAGAGUUAUCCUCAAGCGCAGGGCAUCUGAGGCUGCACGCUAAUGCUGACAAACGAGGUCAACCGAGAGUCAAUUUUCCUACGUGCAUGAGGAAGGAAAAAGACGCAGCGUGUGGUGUUAAGAAGGGGAAACCCGGCAGAGGAAGGGAAGAAAUGGAUUCAAAACUUGAGGAAGAAAUUCUUGUGCAUGAGGAAUUCUUGCUGUGUGGUGGAGCUGAAACACAGGUUGUAAAAUGUGGCCCCUGGACUGACCUCUUUAAUGAUCAAAGUGUCCACAGGCCUAAGAUGCUUAUUUUCAUCAUUACUGGUAACCCCGGUUUCUCUGUCUUUUAUGUGCCAUUUGCAAAGGCUUUGUACUCUUUGACAGACAGGUGCUUUCCAGUUUGGGUUAUCUCUCAUGCUGGGCAUGUCUUGGCUCCCAAAGACAAGAAGAUUCUCACAACAUCAGAAGAUCCAAAUGCUCAAGAAAUUAAGGACAUCUAUGGACUGCGUGGUCAAAUAGAACACAAAAUAGCCUUUUUGAGAAGUCAGGUGCCAAAAGAUGUGAAGCUUAUCCUCGUGGGCCAUUCGGUAGGCAGUUAUAUGGUUCUUCAGAUGUUGAAGUACGCUCCUGAGCUCCCAGUCAUUCGUGCUUUUCUGCUGUUCCCUGCAAUUGAGCGAAUGGCUGAGACGCCCAACGGCAGGAUUUUCACACCACUUCUGUGCUGGUUUCGAUACGUGCUCUACGCUACUGACUACUUGCUGCUUACACCGUGUCCUGACAUUGUCAAGUCCUGGUUAAUCAGCCUUGUCCUUCGAGUGAUGAACCUGAAGGCUGAGCUAACGCUGACAAAUGUAAUACAACCGUUCUGCCUUGCUAAUGCUUUCUACCUUGGGGCCCAAGAGAUGAUGACCAUUGUGAAGAGAGAUGAUGACGUUGUAAAGGAACAUUUAUCUAAGCUUACAUUUUACUAUGGAACUUCAGACUCUUGGUGUCCAAUAAGGUACUAUGACGACAUAAAGAAAGUUUUUCCAGAAGGAGAUAUUCGACUCUGUGAGAAAAACAUACCUCAUGCCUUUGUCUUGCAUUUUAGCCAAGACAUGGCUGAGAUGAUUGCUACCUGGGUAAAGGAUAACCUGUCUGAAAUAUAAAUACCGACGCAGGAAAUAAGCAUCUGCAGUCAGUACCUGGGUCACUAGGUGUACUGUGUUUAGUAGGUAACUAAUUUUGAUAUUAGAAAAGAAAAAAAUUAAAAAACCUCUUGGCUUAAAAACUCCCAGCUCUCCACGCUACAUGCUGAAUGAAGGGCUGGUGAAUAACUGCGUUUGUGACCUGAAUAAAGACUUCUCCACACAAGAGGCCCAGUGACACCACACGCUGUGUUAGUCGGCAGUCUCCUUGCAGACAAAAGGAAAAACCGAGAUUUGAAUUGAGGCUCCUUUGGGCAGAAUGAUGAAAUACUAAACAUGAAGAGAGAUGUGUGUGUGACUGUGACAAGGACACACUCCUCGCCCAGUUGUGGGAAGUGAUAGCGGUGGGUAUUGGCGGUGGACCUGGGCUUCCUUCGAGAACGAAAGAUCAAAAUCGUCCCAGACUAGCGCUGCACAGGCCUUGGCUGUGACCAUCAGCGUGACUCUGAUCUCCCUGCAUUGGACCCAAGACAGAGUUCUCCCGACGGCACCCAGCAGAUCACAGGGAGGUUACUGAGGCUCCCGCUCUGCCUCUGCCGCAGGCUGUGUACAGAGGGCCGGGCUGUCCUGGAUCAGAUAGGACUACAUGCGUUGGCCCCUGCUCAGCCUCGCAGUAAACUGUCUGCUAAGGGUGGUUGUGAGCUGAGUUCUCUGCCAGCCACUGAGGAUAACAAUAUUCCUAGCUACUUUGUGAUUUCUUCUGAAAAUCUCCUAGUUAAUAAUGUAUGAGAAGGUGUUUUAAGUUGCCAAGUAGAAUACAAACAUAAUGUUUUUCUCCAUUUGCCUUAACUGUGUUUGUUGGAAAGAAAUUAUUUUGCCAAUGCACCCAAGUGAGCCGUCGGAUCGUGGGCAUUCUGCUUCCCCCGACACAGCGAGCCCUGUGGAGGCAGCGUCUCUGGCUGAGAGCGGGCUGGCCGUGUGGCUGCCCUCCCGGAACAGACUCGGUCUUGAAAUCUCACACUGGCGGCAGUGACGCUGAAGAUGCAUGGCAGCAUCCCACCUUCUGUGCGAGGGCCCGGACGUUAGCAUUCCUCGGGGACCGUGCAGGGCCGCCCUUCCCUCACAGAGCACUGAACUCUGACGUGCCGUCCCGUGGCGCUGAGGGAGGGAGGACGAGACACACAGGCCAGAGGGCCGGGCUGCUGUGGUCCCCUGGCAUCUGCGUGGCGAGCCCUUCUGGAGAGCUGGUAUUUGAAGCCAGACUCACGCUGUUCUGCUCGGGUCGAGGAGAUGCCACGCACACAGCAUCAGGCGCAGAAGCUGGUAAACCAGAGGCCUACGGGAGGAAAGGACACCCACAGCUGGGUUUGAGAUGUUAUUUUGCAACAUUCCUCUAUUUUAAAAAAUCUGCACAUGGGAAACUUUGGUUUUUAGAAUUUCAAAAUGAUACUAGCUCUUAGUUCCUGUCUGUCGUGUAAGCACCAAGUGAAUUUUCGAGAUAAAUACUUUACCAGCACUUGGGACUGUGUCUGCCUAAUGUGUGUGGGAUGGGAGAGGGGCGGUCUGGGCAGCUGAGUCAGGCUCUGGUUGAAGCUCUCCACUAACGUGUUGCGAUUUCAGGAUUCUAAGGUUCACUUUCAUUAGGAAUUACACAAAAGACAAAAGCUGGUACACAGUAGACGUGGUCCACUUUCCAGAAGCAGUCCUGUCUGCAUCUUCAGGUCAAUACCUGACACUGUUCAUCUUAGGUGGAACUUCUAGAAUCAACCAAUGCAGAGCAGCUGCGGCAGGGGCAGCCCUUGGCCUGAGCCACACCUACUCCCCAUCUGCUCUGGGGCACGAGACGCACCCAGAGGUCCCCGCAGCCGGCACAGCUUGAUGUGCAGGACAACAGGGCACCCUGCCAGGGCCUCUCCACUCUGCCUUGGAGAGCCAGUGCCUCUAAAGGCGGGGCUCUUCAUCCUGCACUGCUACUACAAUAAAAUAGCCCCAGAGACUAAAGAGAUAGGCAGCCUAACACGGCAGCUGGGUCUGAAAUGGAUGUGUUCGUUAUCGAUAAAUGACUGGGAUGGUGUGCACAGCUCAGGUGGAGCCUGAAGAUCGGCCGGGCAUAAGAUCCCGAAGUUCAUUUUCCAGUUUCAGCAGCUGUACUUGGAGGAGUAGGAGAAGGGCCUCGGGGGAUCGUGUCCGUGUACUCCGCGAUGCUUCAGGAGAAAAUGAUGUUCUUUGUGCUUGGAAAUUUUUUUGGUAUUGUAAGAUGGUUUUGAAUUUAUACAGACAAUUUAAAACAAAACAAACACCAUGCUUUCUUCUGAGGCUGCCUCUCAGUGUUUCUUUUUCUGAAAAUGAAUCCCUUCUAGAUAGUAAAUGGACACCUGAGUUCACAUCCCAGAUCUACCACUGAUGAGAGUUGUGAUGCUGCAUAAAGAUCUCACCUCCUGAACC